CAACCAUGAGGUGGAGAUCUGUGUUGUGGAGUUUUCUCGCUUUGUCUGUCAUCACUUUCUCUGAAGUCCAAACCACACUGGUUUACAACCAUGUCAGCAGCAUCUGCAGCACAUGGGGCAGAGAUCACUUCAAGACCUUCGAUGGAGAUGUGUUCCAGUUUCCCGGCAUGUGUGAAUACAACCUGGUCUCCGACUGCCAGGACUCCUAUCAGCUCUUCUCGGUGCACAUAAAGAGAGCAGAAAAGGACGGAAACCCGACCAUCAGCUACUUCUCAGUCACCAUCAAUGAACUUUUGUUUCACAUCAGCAAGAGCUGGGUCACCGUCAACUCUGAGCAAGUCCCUCUGCCUUACUACAAGGGAGGGGUGCAAGUGGAAAAUAAUGCUGCUUACAUCAAGUUUCAGAGCAAAGUCGGGUUCACUGUCAUGUGGAACGGAGAAGAUGCUGUGAUGGUCGAAAUUGAUACUGACUUUGCAAACCGAACUUGUGGACUUUGUGGAGACUUCAAUGGCGUCCCAGUAUACAAUGAGUUCAUUAAUUAUGGCCGUAAAAUCAGCCCCAUUGAGUUUGGCAACAAACACAAAGCCCACCACCCAAACGAUGACUGCGAGGACCCGUAUGAGGAGGGAGGUGAAUUGCUGGAGUCUGUGACUGUCUCAGAUUCCUGCAAGGAAUUUGUAACUUUCUGUGAAAACAUGUUUUUGUCAGAAUCCUGGAGCUCAUGCACUAAACUGAUUAACCAUGAAGUUUACAUCCAGGCCUGCGUAAAGGACAUGUGUGGCUGCAGUAACAAUACCAAUGACUUCUGUGUCUGCAGCACGCUGUCUGAGUUUUCUCGACAGUGUUCCCAUGCAGGAGGACAGCCUCCCAACUGGAGGACAACUCAGUUCUGUGCCAAAGAAUGCCCUUACAACAUGGUGUAUGAAGAAAGCGGCUCCCCUUGCAUGGAUACUUGCACGCAUCAGGACACAAGUUCACUCUGUGAGGACCACAAAAUGGACGGCUGCUUCUGUCCUUCUGGAACGGUGUUUGAUGAUAUUUCUGAGAGAGGCUGUAUUUCUCAGUCUGAAUGUCAGUGCAAGCGUGACAAAAUCUACAACCCUGGAGAGGUUUACCGAAAAGGUCAAGAGGAAUGCACAUGCUUUGAGGGAAUGUGGGAUUGCAUCACUCUUGAAGCACCGGCUACAUGCGCAGUUGAACAAGGUUCAUAUUUCACUACUUUUGAUGGGAAAACUUACACUUUCCAUGGGGAUUGUUACUACACUCUGGCAAAGGUGGAAAGCAAGGACGGAGCGAGCCCAAACUUUACCCUCCUGGCCCAGCUGGUGCCUUGUGCUCACCAACAGUUUGACACAUGCCUGAAGUCCCUUAAAAUCCUGCUAAACAAUGACAAAAAUAACGUGCUAUCAUUCACCUCUGAUGGUGGAGUUCAGCAGAACAUGCAGACUGUCACUUUGCCGUACCAAUCAGGAGACAUCAACAUUUUCCACGCCUCAUCCUUUCACAUCUUGAUGCAGACCAGAUUCGGGUUGCAGAUUCAGAUCCAGCAUGUCCCUCUCAUGCAAGUCUACAUCAGCCUGGAGCAAAGCUACACAUCAAAGACACGUGGUUUAUGUGGGAACUUCAACAUGAUCUUGAGUGAUGACAUGAAGACUCCUCAGGGGAUUGUGGAGGGAACUGCAGCAACAUUCAGUAACUCUUGGAAGGCUAACCUCAUGUGCUCAGACAUUGAGGAAAGACUUGAUGAUCCAUGUUCCCUCAGUUUGGAAAACGAGAUCUAUGCCAAACACUGGUGCGCCUUACUUGUGAGUCCAGACAGUGCUUUUGCCCAGUGCCGAUCGGUUGUGGAUCCUGAGAUGUUUCACAAGCGAUGCAUCUACUCCACCUGCAGCUGUGAGAAGAGCGAGGCGUGUUUGUGUGCCGUCUUCUCUUCUUAUGCUCGAGCUUGUGCAGAAAAGGGAGUUUUCCUGACAAACUCGACAGAGAAUGUCUGUGAUACAUACACAAAGAGCUGCCCAGCAUCUCAGACCUACUCUUACACACAUCAGGGAUGCCAGCUGACAUGCAGGUCUUUGAGCUCGGAGCAGCAGAGCUGCACCUCGGACUUCUUGCCUGUGGACGGCUGCUCCUGUGCUGAGGGUCUCUACUUGGAUGAAAACGGCCUUUGUGUUCCAGUGGAAAAAUGUUCCUGUUUCUAUAAUGGCAAUUACAUUAAGCCAGGGACAUCCAUCAACAUCAGAGAUGACCACUGUGUGUGCAAUAAUGGAGUACUUCGUUGUCAUUCUUGGAGAAGCCGCAUGUCAUUGUGUCCUCAUCCAAAAGUCUACUUUGACUGUUCCUCUGCAACCGCGGAAGACCUUGGACUACAGUGUGCUAAAACUUGUUCGAAUCUGGAAAGUGAUGAAUGUUUUUUUACAAAGUGUGAGUCUGGCUGUCGGUGUCCGGACGGCCUCCUCGAAGACGGCAAAGGGGGCUGUGUGAAAGUAACUGACUGUCCAUGCAAGCACAACGGACGUAUUUUUGCUCCCGGAGCAGUGAUCCCUGACCUGUGCAAUACCUGCAAUUGUAAAGGUGGAAAAUGGCAUUGCACUGAGAAAAAAUGCCCAGCAUCUUGCAUUAUUUAUGGAAGUGGGCACUACAACACAUUUGAUCAAAGGACAUAUGGAUUUCAGGGUGAAUGUGGUUACGUCGCUGUCAGGAAUAAAUGUGGCAACAAAACAGUUGAGAACAACUUUGGAGUUAUUACAGAAAAUGUUCCCUGUGGCUCUUCGGGAACCACCUGCUCCAAAACUGUCAGAAUUCAACUUGGGCGAACAGAAAUCAAACUAACAAAGGGUAAAUAUAUCGAGGAAGAUCUUGGACAUGGCAACCUGAUUCAGUACAGAAUAAGGAGGGUCGGCUUGUACCUGGUGGUUGAAUCAAAAAUUGGUCUGGCGGUGAUAUGGGAUCGAAAAACAGCCAUUCGCAUCCUUCUGGAGCCCCAGCACGCCGGUUCAGUGUGUGGCUUAUGUGGAAAUUUUGAUGGAAACGGACUGAACGACUUCACCACCCAGGGUCAGCUGGUGGUGAGCAACCCUCUAGAGUUUGCAAACAGCUGGAAAGUUCAGAGCACUUGCCCAGAUAAGGAAGAGAUUGUGGAUUCUUGUGCAGCUGCUCCACGCAUGAGACAUCAAUGGUCAAAAAUGAUGUGCAGCAUCAUAACAGGGAAUACAUUCAAAGACUGCCACCAUAAGGUUGAUCCCCGCACCUUUUAUGAGAACUGUGUGAAAGACUCGUGCGCCUGCGACACUGGAGGAGAUUGUGAGUGUUUCUGCUCAGCUGUCGCAGCCUACGCUCAGGCUUGCACUGAGGCUGGAGUUUGUGUUGCAUGGAGAACCCCAGACAUCUGCCCUGUUUUUUGUGAUUACUAUAACAACCCAGAUGAGUGUACAUGGCACUACAGUCCUUGCCACACACCUUGUUACAAAAGCUGUUUGAACCCACAAGGGAUUUGUAACAACCCGAUACCUAAUCUGGAAGGUUGUUAUCCAGUAUGCCCAGAAGAUAAGCCACUUUUUGAUGAGAAGAAUCAGACCUGUGUGGAAGAAUGUGCCCAUUGCCUGUACAAUGGGACAAUAUAUGAAGAUAAUGAUGUGAUAUAUAAUGUCACUGACAACAUGGGAAUGUGCUACUAUGCAAUCUGCAUUAAUACAACUGUGAUACACACAAGUGAACCAUGUGCAACAAGCCCACCUACAACUUCAGAGCCACCAACAACAACUACAACUACACCUCCCCCUACGACAACUCCAGAGACAACUACAACAACUACAACUACACCUCCCUCUACAACUCUAGAGCCAACUACAACUACACCUCCCACUACAACUCCAGAGACAACUACAACCAAAACAACUACACCUACACCUACCACUACAACUACAAAGCCUCCUACAACCACAACUACACCUCCCACUACGACAACUCCAGAGCCAACUACAACUACACCUCCCACUACAACUCCAGAGACAACUACAAUGACACCAGUUACUCCAACAACGCCCCUUACAACCAAAACAACCUUACUGUCUCCCACUACCUCAGAAUCAAUUGCUACUGGCCCGCCAUUGUCAACGACAUCUCCAGUGACAUUUACAGCCACACAACAGGUUUUGAAUACAACCCAAACAUCUGAAUCAACACCAUCAACACAAACUUCAUCAAGUUCCAUGACAAAGUGCUUUUGUGUUUUUAAUGGCACAGUUUAUCAGCCAGGGGAUGAAAUAUUUUCAAUGCACCCCAUUGGAUCAGGCAUUUGUCUCACAAUGACUUGUUCAGAUGUUUGUGAAAUUUAUAACAAGACUGAAAUGUGUGUGAUUACACCAUCUCCCACACCCAAUGUGAUUACCUCAACCUUGGCAACUCCAACUCCCACACCCACCAUUCCUACGUGUCCUGAAUGGGAUGUUGUUCAAAAUGAGACCUUCUUCUUGUGCAACUGCACUAUGGCCAGAUGCAUUGAGAACAACACAAUUGAAAUAGUUCCAUAUGAGUGUCCACCCCUCCAGAACAUAAUCUGUGCCAAUGGAAAGAAACCAGUUCUUGAGUAUGAUGAGUACCACUGCUGCCAACAAUAUGUUUGUGACUGUGUGUGCGAAGGCUGGGGAGAUCCUCAUUACAUCACAUUUGAUGGGUUAUACUACAGUUAUCAAGGAAAUUGUACUUAUAUUUUGAUGGAGGAGAUCACAGCAAAACAUCAUUUGAAGAUCUAUAUUGACAAUGUAUUUUGUGAUCCCACUGAAGACGUUUCUUGUCCAAGAUCAAUAACCAUAGCAUAUGGAUUUCAAAUUGUCACACUCAUCAAUCAUAACCUUAUUGGAGCUCCACAAUUAGAGGUAUUACAAAAUGGUAAAAAAUUGAAACUACCCUAUGCACAGCAAGGUAUUAAGAUUAUGAGUUCUGGCAUUAACCUGGUUUAUGAGAUCCCUCUCCUAAACGUGGUUGUUACAUUUGGAAUGACUGGCUUUAGUGUCAACCUUCCAUAUCAGUACUUUGGGAGCAACACACAGGGUCAUUGUGGGACAUGCACCAACAAUCAGGCCGAUGACUGCAGAUUGCCGACAGGCGAACUGGUGGAAAAUUGUGCAGUGAUGGCAGACUAUUGGCCAGCAAAUGACAUUUAUCAACCUAACUGCCCAACACCACCUGCAGUACCCACUCAGGUUCCUGAACCACCGCUAGAACCAACUCCAUGCAAGCCAGACUCCAUUUGUGAUCUGCUGAAGAGCAGUGUCUUUGCAGAAUGUCAUCCAUUGGUUUCCCCAGACAAUUUCUACAGAGGUUGUGUUUUUGAUAGUUGCCAUGUUUCAAAUCCUGCAGUGGAGUGCACAAGUUUGCAAACUUAUGCUGCUGCCUGUGCUCAGGCUGGAAUUUGCAUCCACUGGAGAAACCACACCAAAAUAUGUGCUAGCGACUGUCCAUCAGACAAAGUUUAUAAACCUUGUGGCCCUGCAGAACAGCCCACUUGUGAAGACAGUGCCGAUGAACCAACCGUAACGUUUGUUACUGAGGGCUGCUUCUGUCCUGAUGGAAUGAAACUCUUCAACAAAGAGUCAGGAAUAUGUGUUGAAAAGUGUGGAUGUCUCGAUCCUGAGGGCGUUCCUCGAGAGUUUAAUGAGCAGUUUGAGUACAAAUGCCAGGACUGCAUUUGUGACGAGCCUACCAAAACUGUGAUUUGCAAACCAAAGACUUGCCCAGCACCACCCACUGCUAACUGCAAUGAUCCAGGGUUUGUUGUUGUGAACCAAACCAAUCCUGCGGAUCCCUGUUGCUAUGCCUACAUUUGUCAAUGCAACGUCAACACUUGCCCAGUAAGCAGCAUGGACUGUCCAGUUGGAUACAAACCAGUCAUCAGUGUUCCAGAGGGAAAAUGCUGUCCACAACAUACAUGUGAGCCUAAGCGAGUUUGUGUCCACAAGGAUGUUGAAUACCAGCCUGGUUCCUCAGUUCCUGUGGUUGCAUGCCAGGACUGUACCUGCAGCAAUGAGAUCGAUCCAAAAUCCGGUCUGUUUAAAAUAGUGUGUGUGUUUCAACAAUGUAAAGAGACCUGUGAGCAGGGAUAUGAAUAUGUGGAAACUAAUGAUUAUGAUUGCUGUGGAAAGUGUGUACAGAAACAAUGUGUCGUGCAUUUAAAUGGUAACAAGCAUCUCUUGAAUGAAGGGCAAACCUGGUCACCGCCUGAAAACAUGUGUGAGUUCUACACCUGUGUGAGGAAUGGGGACACACUGACAGCCCUAAGCUCACACAUCAUUUGCCCGGUUUUCCAACAGAGUAACUGCCAGCCUGACACAAUUCAAACAGCUGCAAAUGGCUGCUGUAAAACUUGUGUGGAGAUAGACAAAGCCUGCAAACUGGUGAGCACAAAAACUCAUGUUUCGCUCCAUGGCUGUCGGUCUACAGAAGAGGUGGAAAUGCCGUACUGUGAAGGGUCUUGCAACACAUUCACUAAGUACUCUGAAGCGGCAGCUGGUAUGGAACAUUCUUGCUCCUGCUGUAAGGAAAUGCGCGCCAGCAAUCGCACCGUUGAUUUGCUGUGCUUGAAUGGAGACAAGGUCAAACACACCUACUUGCAUGUGGAGGAGUGCGGCUGCGGCCAGACCGAGUGCAGCACAACUGCAGGGCUGUCUGCUCGCAGAAAACGAAGAUCCACCCUGCUGUGACACGGUCGUCUUUCAUAACCAUGCUGAAUGUUAGAAGUGUUUUGUCUUGUACCACUCUAGCAAUAUUAGAAAGUAAUUUACCACUGAAGUGGAAUAUUUAUCAACUAAUCAAAUAAAAGUAUGCAACUCA